UGAACAAGGAUUAAGCUCGAGGCAUUUGAAACCCCACAGACAAAUAUUCCUGCUUAAAAAACAUUAAAAAGCACUUCUAGGGGUGUUUCUGGGGCUAUAUGUCGUCUUUAUAAAUUAAGGUAAUGUUUGGUUUUCACAAGAGUAGACUUUGCGUGGUACAAAUGCGACAGAACAAUUGUAUUUAACACUGGAGCAGCAAGUGCUUUUGCUUGGACACGCGAGAUGGCCAGAGUGCGAUGCAUUCAGCACCUGUCAGCAUGGUUUGUUCUCUUCAGCUUAAUGACACGCCAGAGUCACUCCAUUGAGACAGUGAAUGUUGUGGACUUCUGUGGCCAGACAAUACAGGGGGACGGCAUGAUCGUAAAGUCCCACCAGGAGUCCCGGAAGUACUACUUUGUCUCCAUUGGGACAGAUUGCCACCUCACCAUACAGUCCGCCACCCCCCGGGACAAGGUGCAGUUCUACUUUCGCUUCUUUCUGGUCUACAGCCUGCUAAGAGUGUCACCGCAAAGCCCCGCACCCCUCCUCCCAGAUUCACCUAGGGGGUCCUCCUCUUCUGGCCCGACGCGGCCUGAUCUGAGCUUGGAGCCAACCACCGGGGAGGGGCCUGUAGACCCCUGCCAUGCUGGCUCGUACAUCCAGUUCUACGACGGGAGGGAUAAGUCCGCACCCCCUAUAGGCCAGCCACUCUGUGGGAAGAGCCCUCCCCGUCCAGUGUUGUCAACGGGCAAAUUUCUAACUCUACGUCUUGUAACAAGAGGAACUCAGCCAAGGGUGGACUUUGUUGGAGACUUUACAUCAUUCAGGCUGGGUUUUAACCAAUCAGAAUGCAGCGGAGAACCUUAUUUCAACUGUCGCAAUGGGAAGUGUAUUCCAAUGAGUCUGGUUUGUGCGGAUGAUAAAGGCAUUGACAACUGUGGCGAUGGCAGUGACUUAAUCAAUUACCCUGGUUGCAAUGGUCCUUUAUCUACACCCAAGCCCCCACAGCAUCAUGUUACCCAACCUACACAGAUGCUGGAUGUUCCCACUUGGACAGAGUCCACUUUAAAGAACUGUGCCACUCCAAACGCCAUUCCUGAUCCAGAUUCUGUGACCGAUUCCCAGUCUUCCAUUUCUCUGCUGGUGCUGUAUGUAGUUCUGGGUGUGAUAGCAGGAGGGGUUCUCAUGUGCUGGUGUUGUUGGGCCCCUGGCUGGUUCCUGUGGCGCGUGAGUGUGUUUCGCUUCUUCCCCUGCUGCAACUCCUGCUGCGCGUCCUGCCAGCUCUGUGGACAGAGCUGCUCCAAAAACAAGGACCACCGACUGGCCAAGGUUACACCGGAAGGAGCCUCAACUUCUGUGUCUUCGACCACCACAGUGGCUGUGUAAAUACACUCAUCUGAUAUCUCCUAUAGUCCUUAAAAGACUCAUAAUGGAGAUGAUGAGGACAGAAUGUUAGGAAGUGGUAUAUUAGAAAUUUUUCAGUUUUUACAAUGAAAAAUGAGCUAGAAUUGCUAGGCAGCGGAGUGUUUUUCACUGAUAUAUUUUUGUUUUCAGUAUGAUUAAUAUAAUUUAUAACUAAAUCUGCUGUUUUUAUUUUUUAAACUGGAUUUGUUAUAUACAUAUAUUUCAUAGAUACUGGAUCUGUGGAAACAUAAUGAGCUGAGAUUUCUAGUUUCUAGCUGGUUUUAUAAAAUUCCUCUCUAUUUACCUCAGUUGGUUAAAGCUAACUCUAGGACAACCCAGCUACAAAGGACUGGAAAAAAUAUUUUAUUAUUUAAGGUUUCCAAUAAAAUGCUCAUAAAGCUACCAAAGCUACCGGAGAGCAUUAUUAUAGCUGCAUUUUAUUGGAGUUACUGGUCACUAUACUCCUCCAGUUGAUAAUAUUGUGAAGUUCUUGGACCAAUCUGUUUCCUGAACGUGCAGUUGUGACACUUUGUCUUAUAAAAGUAUUAGAUUGCAUAUAAAAACUGAGUAGAUUGAAGGUUAUGCCAAAAUAAUUCUAAUACUUUCCACUCAAACAUUUAAAUUUGCUUAAAAUGUACUCACCCUCAGACCAUCCAAGAUGUAGAUGAGUUUAUUCACAAGAUUUGGAGAAAUUCAGUGUAAUGUCUUCCUCACCAAUGGAUCCUCUGGAGUGAAUGGGUGCCGUCAGAAUGAGAGUCCAAACAGCUGAUAAAAACCUCACAAUAAUUAACAAGUAAUCCACACACAACUUCGAACCAUCGCUUUUGGACAAAAUACCAGUCAAUAAUCCAUAAUAAUGCUUCCACUAGUGCUUCGUCAAAUCUGCUUUGAAGAAGAAACAAACUCAUCUACAUCUGAAGGUGAGAACAUUUGGUUUUGAGGUUUGUGAUUUUUUUUUUUACGCAUUUCCCCACUGCAGUAACAGAUAAUUUGACAUGUAUCACAGCUUUUGUCAGGCAUUUUGAAUUUGUGUUCAUAUAAAUAAAAAUACAAAAAUGUAACAUUAACAAGGUCAGUCAUAUUGAAAUUAUGAAAAAGGGUUAAAUGUCAUUGCCCAUAGUGGUUUGGAUUCAACAUUACAUCCAGAAUAUUUUAAAAUUACUUUUUUAAUUUGUAUUUAUUUGUCAUCAUGCACCACAAACACUAUUGCCAAAUAUAUAUAUUGUAAAUUAUAAGCAUUUUUUACUGGAUU